AUGGUUAGAUUCCAUAGUGAGAUACCUUCCUCCUCCUCCUAUUCCCUGUCAUCAUCUUCUUCUGUUUCUCGAGGGAAGAAAUAUGACGUUUUCUUGAGUUUCAGAGGCGAUGAUACAUGCAGGAGCUUCACGGAUCAUCUUUAUGAUGCACUUAAACGGAGUGGAUUAGUCACUUUCAGGGACGAUGAACAGCUUGAGACAGGUGAAGCCAUAGCACCCGAGCUCUUCAAAGCAACUCAAGAAUCAUGGUGCUCUGUAAUCGUUUUAUCGGAAGGACAUGCCUUUUCGAGUUGGUGCCUGAAAGAACUUUCCGAAAUCAUUCAACAGAAAAACGAGAAGGGACAUAAAGUCUUCCCAAUUUUCUACGACGUGGAUCCAUCUGAUUUGAGAAAACAGACGGGGAAAGUUCAAGAAGCCUUUGCUAAACAUGAAGAAAACUUCAAGUACAACAAGAAAAGACACAAAGGUGGCGGUCUGCUUUAA